UGUUCAAGGUGGGAAGUAGCUGAGGUAAUGUGAGUUUAGUGAUGCCCUUUUUAAUGACAUUUUAUUCGUCUUCUGGAUAAUUAUUUACACAUUUGACCGAAUGCGAAUUGGUUUGCUAUCUAGUACAAAAAUAUGGAAAUAACGUUGUGAUGUGCCACGCGUGAAGAACUUCAGUGAUCUUUGAGCGAGGAACGUUAUUAAGUAAAUAAGCACCUGGGACGUUAACCAGCUGCAGUUAUAUUUGUGACUGAACACUACAGAAAUAUCAAUGAAGAUAAUAACGGUCGUAUAAGUGUUGGUAUGUAUUAGACGAUUGCAAGUGAUUUCUUCAAGUAACAGCGUUCUGAGUAUGAAUGGAAAGAGAUAUACGUAGGAUUCAAAGUCAUGCUUCCGUUGAUUGAGAAGGACAAGGCAGUGGUCCAGGCACUGCUGAGGGCAGGAUCCUGCCCUCGAUGUGUGCUGCGAUUCUGUUGCGUGGGAAACCAAGCGUCAUACAGACUUUCUUGCAAGGAAUUGUUCAUUGAACUCCACAAAUUCUUAAAUGAUGAUGAAUGUAAAUCUGAACCAAUGGAAAAUGAUCAACCACUUUAUAAGAAAAUCAAAUUGGAGGAUUGUGAGAAUAAUGAUAUGGAUUCAGACAAAAAUGGAACAACAAAAGUGCCAUCAAGUGAGCAUGUGGUUCCUGAUGUUGGUAUUCGAACUUGCACAGUGUGUCUGGGUGUACUACAGGACCUUUGUGAAAAAGAUUUUGUGAAAAAGGUGUGUGGUAAAGUGGAAUCUGCUGGUUAUCAUUUUAGCAGUCUUGUAUUUUCAGUUUCACUGCCACCACAGCUCUUAGUCAGAGAGCAUGCCACUUGGUUGCUGGUAAAACAGGAAGCAGGACAACAAGGAAGUUUUUUAACGAAAGGUGAUAUUUUACAACUUAAAGAGGUUUACAAGUGGAUAACCCACCCUCUGCUUUCCGAAAAACUGGGUGUUCCUGUAGAUGCGAAGAGUUUAUUUGAAGUGAGUGUGGUCUUUGCUCAUCCUGAAACAGAUGGGGAUUGCCAUUUUCUGGCCACAGUGUGUCGUGACUGCUUCAGACCAACAAAAAACAAGCAGUCCAUUUUCACUAGAAUGGCAGUGGUGAAAGCUUUGGAGAAGAUAAAAGAUGAUGACUUCCUUGAACAGUUUCCUUAUCAGUUUGAAGCACCUAAAGGCUCCUGUAUUGUUCAGGAAAUUCACUGCACACACAAUUCAGUCUAUGUGGCAGGCAGAUAUAACAAGUUCUCCAGAACUCUGCCACAGACCCCUUGGGUAAUAGAUGGAGAGAGAAAAAUGGAGUCCUCAGUAGAAGAACUUAUAGGAGAGCCAUUGAAGAAGAUGUUUGAAGUGGACAAUUUAAAUUUUUCAUCUUCGGGAAGGGAAGAUGUCGAUGUCAGAGCUUUGGGAAAUGGUAGACCCUUUGCGAUUGAGCUACUUAACCCACGUAGAACAUCCUUUCUUCAACAAGAGAUAAAAGAACUUCAACAGAAAAUUAAUAACUCUACUGAUAAAAUUCGAGUUCGGGAUUUACAGAUAGUGACCAGGGAAGCAAUAGGACAUAUGAAGGAAGGUGAAGAAGAGAAGACGAAAUCAUAUAGUGCCCUAAUUUGGACAGAGAAGGCUAUAGAAAGAAAUGAUAUAGAUUUUCUCCAAAAUAUAAAGGACCUAAAGAUUGACCAGAAGACGCCACUGAGAGUUCUUCACCGAAGACCGCUGGCUGUAAGAACACGGAUAAUACACAACAUGAAAGUGGAGUAUGUAGAUCAACAUCAUUUUCAUCUUUAUUUGAAGACUCAGGCUGGAUCUUACGUUAAAGAGUUUGUACAUGGAGAUUUUGGACGUACAAAGCCAAAUCUAGGCAUGCUAAUGAACACGACAACAGACAUUCUUGAACUCGAUGUGGAGUCUGUAGAUGUUGACUGGCCUCCCAAAUUGGAUGAAUGAAGUAAUCAAGUUUAUUCAAUUGCUGAAUGAUCAUGCCCAGUUAUAGCUACAACCAAAAAAAACCCAUCAACUAUAUCAUUGGAACUGGUUUGUUUUGAUGGUAAUUUUUAAAGAAAAUUUAACUUUAUAAUACCUAAUGAUUUGGUUGCAGAGUAAAUUUACAGCAGCUUCUGGAACAAGUAAGCAACCAAUUUGAAAUAUGAUGGCAGGUCUUUCACUGUCGGUGAUGCCCAAGCUAAACAUUUCCUGUUUUUAUUUGAAAUAAAUUAGCCCAUCUUAAAUUUUUUAUACAUCGAUUUCAGGCAAAGUGGUCUUGUGUGCUCCUUGCACAAUAACUGGUAAUUUGGCGUCCUAUCUCAAAAUAAUACAAUUUCUUGGACUUGUGAAAAUGUUGUAAAACUACCUGUUGCAAUCAUGUGUAGAACCAUAAAUCAACUUGUAAUGAUAUUUAUAACAUCUGUAGAUGUAGGUCAAACUUCUUAAAUGAAACAGUGAUAGUAUGUAAAUGGCAUCUUCCAAUCUUGUCAAACCAACUACUUCACCAGCAUUUAGAUGUUGGCAAAUGUGACCUGGGGAAAUGUAACAACUAUUUUGCAAUAGCAACUUUGCACAGAAUAAUAAGUGAUAAUAACAAAACCAUCUGUUAUUGGUGGCAUGGAGAAAGAUGUAAGUGAAACAGAAGAAUUCUGGCAUUGUUUAAUUUUUUUUAAGUCUAGCAUCUCAUUUAGUUGGCACUGCUUUACCUACAUGUCAUUUUACUGUGUGGCAUAAUAGUACCAAAGUACAGUCUCAGAUUGCACAUGGCUCCUGUGUCUAUUGUAUAAAUUUUAGAAUAUUUCACUUUGUGAAGGAAGAUUCUGUUGGUUUGUUUUCAUUGACUUGCUAUGCAGCGAUUUAAUGAAAGAAUUCAAUUUUGGAAAGCAGAAUGUAAGCUAACCUUGCUGGAUUUUUAGCUUGACCAUGUCUUAUUAGUAAAUUAAAUUGU